GAUCCGACGUCUCCAGAUUAUUCUCAGUUCAUAAAUUUCAACAGCCCACACGACGACUACCUUUCAGCACCCAUUGAUCAUCUCUUGCCUGGAGAUUUCACUAGCGAUUCACUCAGCAUCUUGGAGAAUCCUGGACUGGUUGCCUCGACUAUUGAGCCUGAUGUCCAUCAAGUCAAUGAUAUCCCAUUUAUUUCUGCGGAUGUCCCAGCAAAUGAAUACGUUUCACGGCCUUAUGGAUCAGGGCCAAUCUGUCCGAUGACGAUUAAGCUGCCGGAAAUUGAAGACUGUAAUACCGCACCUUGUCUCACUCAGGAUGCACUUUCCCGCACCAGUCGGCCACAAGCUAGAAGGAUGCCAAAAAGGAAGGCCUCGCCUAAAUCUAGCCCUAGAAUUAAACAUAAAAUAGAACAGGAGGAGACGACUCCCAAGGAUUGUCAAAAGUCAUCCUCUAGUGAAGAGGAAUCUGCCAGUGCCCGAGCAAAGCAAGCCCACUCCGUGAUCGAACGAAGAUAUCGCGACAAUCUGAAUCGGAAAAUUAUGCAGCUGCAUCAAACUCUUGUCGCGGUGGAGUCCACAUCACGGCUCACUGAUUCUCUCGCUCAUCACACAUUCUAUUCAAAAGUCUAUCGGACCAAGUUUCGCAAGUCUAAUGUGAUGACAGAUGCUAUAAAUUACGUGCAUCAAUCUAAAGUGGAAAGACGACAUUUGUCGGAUGAGAUCGGUCGCCUAAGUGCCAGAUUGCACACCUUGGAAGGACUGGUCAAAUGUGACGAUUGUACGCUACUCAAACAGAUGGUGCAAAUGCAGCUCCAGUGA